AGAGAGAACUGCCAUUACUGUCAACACCCAUCCUCUCACUCCUUCCCCUUCAUUACCCAACCUACUCAAACUACUACACCACUACAAUGGCCAAGAGCAAGCGCAACAAAAUUGUUCCCCUCACCCAGACCGACAAGAAGGGUCGUGCUGGCAAGGAUGCUCUCUACGAACAGAUCCGCGAGUGCGCCGACAAUUACAAGUACAUCUGGAUUUUCUCCGUUGAGAACAUGCGCAACACAUACUUGAAGAACGUCCGUUCAGAGCUUAAGACCUCCCGCUUCUUCUUUGGUCGUACCAAGGUCAUGGCCAAGGCCCUCGGCACCAGCCCCGAGGACGAGCAUAAGGACAACCUCCACAAAUUGGCCGAACAGCUCGUCGGACACGUCGGUCUCCUCUUCACCAAUGUCGAGCCUCAGGAGAUCCAGGAAUACUUUGCCAACUACACAGAGUCUGAUUAUGCUCGUUCCGGUGUCAAGGCCACCAGCACCUUCGUCGUCCCCGCGGGACCCGUCUAUCGUGGUGAGGAGGUCUUCCCCCACAACAUGGAACCUCAGUUGAGAAGCUUGGGCAUGCCCACGACCUUGAACAACGGUAUCAUCACCCUGACCAACGAAUACAGGGUCUGCAGAGAGGGUCAGACUCUCACGCCUGAGCAGGCACAGUUGUUGAAGUUGUUCUUGGUCCCGAUGGCAGAGUUCCAGGUCACGUUGAAGUCCUACUACAAGGAUGGAGAGAUCUUCCGUGUUUAAAGAACGAGCAGGAGAGGAGGAAGAAAAGAAAAAAAAAAUAUAUGUGGAUCCCAGUGGGCAACAGUUCUCUCUCGAGGUUCAGCUCAGCUCAGAGAAACCUUGACAUUUUCUUUUUUUUUUUUCUUUUUUUGGCACUAUUUCAGCACUGC